AUGACCGUUCCAGAGCAGGAUUUCAUUCCACCAUCAUUUGGGAUAGCAUUCACAAAAAAAGGCACUCCUCCGUCAUCUUCUUCAAUACCCCAAAGAUCUCCCUCGCCUCCUCAACCCACACCACAAGCCUAUGGUCCUGCUGUACUGGUCAACUCUGAGAUUCCUGCAGUGGUGUCUCGUUUUAAUCUUGAAGUCCAAUCUUCACCACUACCCCAACGAUCGCAGUCAAUGGUGAAGCAAGCACGGCCCGGCAGUGUCUUUAUUCCUCGCCGAAGCCCAGUAGAUUUUGUGCUUAGUGAGAAAAAUCCAAUCAAAUCUUCGCCAGUGACGACUGUCACUACAACAGCAGCACCUACUGUGACUCAAUGUUCAAAAACCACAACUGCUACCACACGUGUUCGAUUCGCAUCUCCCACGUUACAAAGUGUUGAGGCCAAUACUCGUACGUCAUUAGAAGUUAUCUGCUUGCUCUUGAAUUUGAGUGUUUUAUUUUUAUUUUCGUUGCCAUUUCAACAUGGUCAUUAA